UUUGCUUUCUUGUUGCGAUCUGUCACUUUGUGUUUCGUUCGAUUGGUCGUCAUUGAAUUUUUACGACAAAUUCUCAUCCAUUUGUGAUGAACUAGAACAUUCGUAGCUAUUAGACUCUUCUAAUAAUAAUUUAAAUGGGUAGUGGCUUAUAGAAGCCUUAUGAUUCUUCAAUAAAAAACUUUAAAUUGGCCGUCAAAUCUCAGGGACCUAUUUUAUCAGCCACAAUUAUAUCGAAAACAUAUUAGGCUGGUGGUGUGAUGGAAUCAUACUUCAACACGACAACAAGACGGAAAAGAUCAACAGUGGAAGGGUACAAAUGAAGGAUAUUCGUUGUUAAUUGUGUUGUAGCAAAAUAUUGAGACAGAGGUAAUUGGUUGAUCAUUGAUCGACGAGAUUUAUGUGCGCGUGACGGUGACAUGAGCACAAACAACAAACGGCGUGGAGCUAGCGGUUCCAGUUGUUCUGUGUCUGGAGUGCCCGCUCUCGUGAACGUGCCCACAGCCAUGUCUGCCGACCUCGCGUCACUGUUCGAGUGUCCUGUGUGCUUCGACUAUGUGUUGCCGCCGAUCCUGCAGUGUCAGAGCGGGCAUCUGGUCUGCUCGAGCUGCAGACCCAAGCUGUCGUGCUGCCCGACGUGCCGUGGCCCUCUCGGGAACAUCCGUAACCUUGCCAUGGAAAAAGUAGCCAGUAAUGUUAUGUUCCCAUGCAAACAUUCCAACACUGGGUGUACAGUCACUCUCGUACACACCGAAAAAGCUGAACAUGAAGAGGCAUGUGAAUUCAGACCUUAUUCUUGUCCCUGUCCAGGAGCAUCAUGUAAAUGGCAAGGUGGAUUAGAUCAGGUAAUGCCACAUUUAAUGAUGUCUCAUAAAAGUAUCACUACCCUCCAAGGUGAAGACAUAGUGUUCCUGGCAACAGAUAUAAACCUCCCUGGGGCUGUGGACUGGGUGAUGAUGCAGUCUUGCUUCAACCAUCACUUCAUGUUAGUACUGGAAAAACAAGAAAAAUUUGAUGGACAUCAGCAGUUUUUUGCCAUUGUCCAACUUAUAGGAUCUCGUAAGGAGGCAGAAAACUUUGCCUAUAGGCUGGAAUUGAAUGGGCACCGUAGACGCCUCACCUGGGAAGCUAUGCCACGGUCUAUCCACGAAGGAGUAUCAUCAGCGAUCAUGAACUCUGACUGCCUGGUCUUUGACACGUCGCUUGCACAAUUAUUCGCAGACAAUGGGAACCUUGGAAUCAAUGUCACAAUAUCCAUUGCCUAAUCUACAUUGCCAUCCAGUUGUUGUGUGUACUGUACACAAAGACUUUCAUUGAGUGAUACAAUAAUAUGAUUAUAUUUUCAUGUCAAUGAAGCUGCAACAACUUUUGAUAUAAAGGAGACUAAUUAAAGUAAACCACAAAUAUUGAAGUUGAUAAUUAAUAUUUUUGUUACAGUUGUAAUGUUUGCCAAUAAUGAAAUCUGAUUUUUGACAUUUUUCUAUUUAAUUAAUCAACAUCAAAGUAAGCCAAAAAUAUUUUUUUCAUUCUUUUGUAUGUACAUGUGUGUUCACCCUUAGAUUUAAGUAGAGAAAAUUUUUUCAGUGACUAUGAUCACUACAACUGAAUGCCUUGUAAACAUAGAUUAUAAAGAAACAAAUUAUGACCUCUAGCUGAGAAAGUGAUUAUUUAAUUCCAAUGUUGAACAAAUAUAGUGUAACCUUAAUCAUUUGUACAUAGUUGCAUGAAAUUACUUAAAUAUUAAGAAUUUUAAGCAAAACAUUUAUUGUUGUUUUGAAAAUACAAUUCUUAGAGUGCUGGCAUCAACUCAGUUGUUUAUGGUCACAAGUGGACUGCCACGGGCUUAGCGUCAUGCCGAGAGCAAUUAUUGCAAAACAAUUGGAAUACAGAAAGGAAUACACUAAGUUAUCCUUUUAGCAUAAAAUAAGUUUGGAGCACAAGUUGUAUAAAUAUGGAACAGAUAUGUGCCUGGGCAGAAAAACAUUGAACAAAAAAGGGAACUAUGUAAAUGUUUAUAUGUACUCUCAAUGUUUUGUGUGAAUGCUGCUUCAUCUACCUCAGUGUUGAUGGAAAGAUGAACUAUUUUGCAUGCAUUGCCAAUGCCACAGUUCAAUAGAAAUGUCCAAUUGUAGAUGGAAAAAUGCCCAACAUAAAGAAAGUGGUAGCUAUUUCAGUCUUUUUGGAGUAAACUCCAUUAUGAUGCGCAUUUGUCAAUUUGACUUAAGUUUUAGAGUUUGUAUAUAAUAUUUGGUUUGAACAACUGCUUACCAAUUAAUUUUAUUGUUUUCAGUCAGUACAUGUAAAACUUUUUAACUGUUAUAAUUUCUUGUAUCACCCCCUCAAAAAGAAGUAAGGUGUUGUUUUUCAAAUGUGUUUUUCAAAAUUUGGUAGAUCACAUGUUAGUUUUCAAUACAUUUCGAAAAUUACACUUUUACUCAUAAGGCCAAAUUCCAUGCCUUUGCUAUUGGUGAAACAAAUAUAGUUAGCUUCUUUUAAUUUAUACAAAAACAUGUUACUUAAUUAUAGUUUUAAUUGUGUAUUUUCUGUAUUGGUGUGAUUUCGUCCCGAGUAAAACUAUAAAAAUAGGACGAAGUGUUACCUAGCAUCAGACUACUUUAUCCAAACCUUAAUCUUAAGAUGCAACUGGUAAAUUUUAUGAAAGAUUCUAGUUGAAAUAAAUUUUUGUAAUGUA